CAACAGGUGGUCAAGCGCUCUUUGUUUUCUUCCUCUGCACAUUGGUUAGCACUUCAUUGCAGAAAAAUAACAAAUAUUCAUAUAUUUUAUACUCAUGGAGCAAAUUUAAUAUAUGUUAAGGUCCUUCAAAUAACUAGUCUCUGCGACUCAAUUCACCUCUCUAUCAUUUUUCGAGGGAUAACGUGGAUAUUAAAGUUUUGAUAGCGAACGUUAACGUCGUUAAGCGAGCUAGCUAAGUUCUCAAACACUCUUCAGCAUGGACUUGUAUCACGUUUUGGAGAUGAUAGGAGAGGGCUCGUUUGGACGAGUGUAUAAAGGACGUAAAAAGUUCAGUGGCCAAGUCGUGGCACUAAAGUUUAUCCCCAAGGUGGGCCGUUCUGAGAAGGAGCUGCGCAAUCUCAAAAGGGAAAUUGACAUCAUGAGGGGACUUGAACAUCCGAACAUUGUCCUGCUCUUAGACAGCUUUGAGACCGAAAGAGAGGUUGUUGUUGUGACAGAGUAUGCAGAGGGAGAGUUGUUCCAGAUCCUUGAAGAUGAUGGUAACUUACCAGAGAGCCAGGUCCGUGAUAUUGCCUGCCAGCUGGUCUCUGCCUUGUAUUAUUUGCAUUCCCAUCGGAUUCUCCACCGUGACAUGAAACCACAGAACAUUCUGCUGGGUAAAGGAGGGGUGGUGAAGCUGUGUGAUUUUGGAUUUGCUAGAGCAAUGAGUGUGUCCACCCUGGUCCUGACCUCCAUCAAGGGGACGCCCCUCUACAUGUCCCCAGAACUGGUAGAGGAGAAGCCCUACGACCACACAGCCGACCUCUGGUCUCUGGGCUGCAUCCUCUAUGAGCUCCACACGGGGGCGCCACCCUUCUACACCAACUCCAUCUUUCAGCUGGUCCAGCUCAUAGUCAGAGACCCGGUCAAGUGGCCGGACACCAUGAGCCAGACCUGCAUGACUUUCCUGAAAGGUUUGUUGACCAAAGACCCACAGAAGAGGUUGUCAUGGCCACACAUCCUAAAACACCCAUUUGUUGCUGAUGGAGUUCUAGUUCUCUCAGACCCCGUUGUGUCCAGCCCGCUGACAGUGGCCGCCAGCCCAGACCUGCAGGUGCUGAAACUCCAGCAGGCAGUACAGAAAGCAGCGCCACAUGGUGGAGAGGGGAGGUUACUGCGCAAGGCCAGGGAACAGAGGGACAAGAGGAACAGACAGGUGGGAAACGGAAAGACUGAAUCAUCUAGUCGGGCACUUUCAAGGACAGCCCCUGUAGUGAAGCCCCUGUCCAAAGACAGCCUGGUGGCUCCCUCAGAUGGUUUGGAUCAAGAUCUGUCACAAUUAACCGCCAAUCUGAGCCUUACCCCAAAACAGUCUGCCAUUGAGAUUUCCACUAACAGGGGUUUCCCCCGUGUCCUCAGCAGGGGUCAGAUCAGCCGGGACUACGAACAGGGGUUCCCCUCUGUGGAUGUUGGGCCCCGAAAGGCCCUGAGGCGACCUGAGACUCAGGAGCGGGGCCAGGUCAGGACCAGCCUGAGUGCUGUGAGGCUCCACAGCCAGGAUGUUGACAGUGAUGAGGAGUGGGAGAGGUUGAUCCAGCAGACCUCCGUUUCCAGCGGCCAAACCAUUCAAAUCAUACCUCGAUUGAAAGAGAAGUUGCUGACAUCCAAAACCUUGCUAUUGGAUGGUAUCCUGGAGGGGGCAUGUCAGAUCCGUCAGCCACUGAAGGUCCUGUCCAACCUGAUCUUGACCUCCGACUCAGAGGACUCCCAUCGACUUAGACAGGAAGUUGGACUACCUCAUUUCCUGUUCAACCUAGUCCAGGAUAUUGUGGAGAAUCCAGUGGUCGUUAAGCAACCAUGGAGUGUGACAGUACUGGGGGAAGUUAUUGUUCUACUCUUGAACUAUUGGGAGAGGCACCGUGACUGGCAACAAGCAGAGAACAGACUGGAAGAUUACGCCAUGCCCUUUUUCAAGAUUCUUCUUCGGCCUGACCCUAACCCAUUGGCACCUCUGGCUGCAGCCAUUCUGGCCAUAUUCAGCCAGUGUGGAGUCUCUGUGGUUGUUAGCAUGGACAGGAUCACUGCCCAGCUCAACAAGCUUCUCUCAGACUCCGAUGAGCCACGCGUCCCGUUACCAUCAGGCUGGGGGUUCUGUGAUGGCUUCUUGUCAUUGGUUCUCCACACCCUAACUGAGCAUGAAAGUCCUCCACACUCUGCUUCUUUGGAUCCAAGCAUUCUGCGCCUCCUGUGGGUGAAAGUUGGUACUUCACUGGAGAAAACAUCAGCCAGAACAAAGUUCUGCUCCUCAAAUGGACUGUAUGUGUUCCUGUCCCUCGCCCUUUUUGUCCUUACCAGGGACCCAUACUGCUGUGUUCCCCUGUUCUCAGACAGCGACACAAACUGCAUACUCACCCUGGGCCACCUGCUCACCACUGAUUGUCUUUCCAGGCCGUCUGACGAGACUCACGGCCAGCUUUGGGGUUGUGACUCCAGUGUGAACAGCCUAUCAAUGUUGAGCUGCCACCUGCUGUGUUUCCCCUUUGCCCUGGACCUGUCCUCAGAGACCAUGGACAGACUACUCCAGCUGUACCACAGCGCUGGCAUUGUCUCUGGCCUGCUGCAGGUUAUCCAGUCCGUUCCUCCGUCUCUCCUGGAACUGCCUCUCUCUCUGCUAUGUCGCCUACUGCUGUGUGACCCCGGCCGCUCUGUCCCCUGCUUCACAGCCGCCGCCAGGGCCCAAGGCUUCUUCUCUCCACCCAGCAGUGACCCCAAGGAGGAUAGAAGAGACCAGGCCCCAGCCUCCAGGGUCAGGGACCAGGCUGGGCACCCAGUGUCUGUAUCUAGGACUGCCAGCUCCCUUCUCUCUGACCUGCUAAAGCCUGAAAGUGAAGCCCUGUGGGGGUCGGCCGUGGAGCUCUUCACCCUACUAUCCCAGGUUGCCCGCUGCUCCCCCAGGUCCCGACCCUCCACCCCUCAUCUCUACCUGGAGCCUGCUCCCCUGCACCAGGCCCUGGCUCACCCAGACGACAGGGUCAGAGCUGCUGCCUGUAGCCUGCUAGGUAACCUGGACCCGUUUACACCUCAUACUCCUCCCUCCACCAGUGACCCACAAUGGACCCGGCUGCAACCCGCCAUCCUCAGAGACAUAAUUGGCUGUCUCCACGACCCCUCCACGUCCGUACGGAGGAUGGCCUGCAAGGCCGUGGGCAAUUGGCUGGGGCUUAUUGGAAAGGCAGAGUUUAGAACACGGAGAGCCAAUGGGAGAGAGAACAGUAGUGCCCCUAUUACAGCCCGGGACAGGAAGAAGGGCAAGCCAGACAAGACUGUGUCCGCCCAGUCCCUGGUAGGAGACGGAGGAGACUCAUCCACAACACUCAAACAGCAAGUAGCAGACCAGGGGGAUGGACGUGGAUGGGUGGCGGAAGCCAAUUGGGCAACAACUGAGCUACUCUCCCUCAUAGCGGACCCUGAUGCCCUGACGCGCCGCCACUGCUGCGCUGCCCUGGGCAACAUGGCUGCUGUGGAAGGGGGUGUGGCCUCACUGCUGGAGGGAGACGUGCCCCUUCUCCUCCUACAGGCCGCCUGUACCGACUCCCAGCAUACAGUCCAACAAGCAGCUGUCGCUACCCUGAGCUUAUACAGCCAACAGGAUGCACUACGACAGGCUCUGCUGUCCCUUGAUGCACGUGAGAAACUUCGUCAGGCUUCACAGCAUGUCGCACCUCCACAGUGUGACUACUGUCAGAUCAUCAAGCUGCUAUGAAGUCCAAUGCAGCGAGUGAGAGAAUAGUGUGUCUAUUUGAAAAUGACACCCUCUGGAGUGAAUACUGGGUCCAUCUCACAUGGAAUGACUGGUUGCACUUGUUUGAAAAAAUGUAUAAAUAUAUAUGCUACAGGUAUGUAUGUCAAAGAAAAUCCUGUCGUGUAUAAAAAUGGCUUGCCCUCCAUAUCAAAAAUAUAGAUGGGUGUUUUUGGCCUUACCCUCUGAGGAGCAGAUUGAUAAAGCAAUAAAACGUUAAAUAUAUUUGAAAUCGAGCCAGAUUCUGUACAACAGUCCAUGUAAUCCACGCUGUGUAAAAGACAACAACAUAGCCUAAGCAUCCAAAAAAAAUAAUACUUUUAAUGCCUCAUUUCGAAACAGUUCCAAGAAGUAUCCUAAUCUAUCCGUUAUUUCAUUUAUGUGGGCUAAAUCUCCCCUGGCUUUUCACCAGAAAUUACCCAUGCAUAACGGAGAUGAGCUCAAAACAAGAAUAAACUGUUAGGCUACUGUGUAGACACAAAUCACUUUAUUUGAAUAAAACGAGUGACAUGUAACACAAAGGAAAUAUAUUGAGAGGAAACAUUGGAAUUAUUUCCAAAUUACUAAAUGGUUGGUUAUUUUAUCUGGUGUAACUUAUUGGUCGUAAUCGUGUUGCUGAAAUGGGUGAGGCUUAAUAUUGAAAGUAAUAGAAUCUCAAUAUCACAAAAUAACAUUAAUACACAUUGCAUUAAAAGCUGUAUUUCAGAAACAUGAUUGUAUAUCGCCAAGAUAACAGACCAUAUUUGAAAAAGAUGCAGUGUCCUACUCAUUCAUCCAAAAGAUUGAUAACAGAUAAUUACAUUAUAUUAAGAUCUUAACUAUUCGUUAGGACAUUUAAGAGUUAUUGCAUUUCAACUUAAAUUCGUUCAAAAAGCAACAGCAAUUCAAUUGGAUUAAUUCACUAAAGAUCCAAUUAGAUUUUCAAAUUUAAAGAUGAUAUAUUUUUACAUUUGCUUAAAGCAGAUUGACCGUUUUUAGAAAAAUUGAGAAUUGUACCUAAUUAUAAAAUAAAGGUUUAUACUAAAUUAAUUGACACUGCAUCCUCGUAGACAAAAGCGGGAAACAACAUGAAAAGCUAUCACAAACAUUCUAGUGAAAAAUAGUUUUUUUGUUCUUUUUUAGAAAAAAGCAAAGGCUAACUACCUACCUACCAUCUCUCCUUCAAGACACAAUUGAAAAAGUCUUUAUAAAUCAGACGAGCAUACCCGCCAUAUAAAAUCACAAACCCUGAUUUGCUUUUACAGCAAGUAAAGAGACAGAGGGUCCCACAUUGAUUUCUGAAAUCCUAUACCAUCUAAUCCAGUGAAGAGAAACAACUAGGAAAGAGCUAGAGACAAGUGAAUUUGCUGAGAGAGAGCAUGGAAUGUGAGGCUGCUAUGGAAUCAGUGCACAGUAGCUAUACAGCAUCAUAUAGACAGACAGAACUCGUUAAUUUUAGUAGCCAUGAAUGUCUUUGCCAUGCAAAAAAAUCUUCAGUCAAGAAUUACCAACUUACAUACUUCUAGAACUUUGGGCAUGAAUUGCAUAACCUGAGCUAUAAAACUGAUUGUAUCAUAUUGCAAUUAGCAUUUAAGGGGACAACACUUUCAACAAAAUCUUAAGUCUUCCCUAAAGGCUGUUUUUGCAUUCAUAUUUAUAUUAGUUUGCUUUCAAUUAUUGGAAUAAUAAUUUGGGAAAAUAUACAAAUAGUGCAAAGCUCCCACAAAUAAACAAAGAUUGUCUUUUGAUAAAAAGCUAAUGAGUAUAUUGAACCAGUAGCUAAGUUAUUGACAUCAAGACCAGUGUAAGGCCUUAGUUGAAUCACAUUAGUCUAACCAGUAUAUAAAAAACACCAAUGGUGGAAAUCAAACCCAUCUCCAUUCAACAGGAAACCCAUUCAGAAAUUGAUUGUCAGCUGAGACAUUACAGCAUCACAGUGCAGGCUUGCUUGGUUAGUGCCGAUUGCCGAAACAGUGGAAGUAUAAAGUAGUUGUUUGACUCGUAAAAAAAAAAAAUCACGUCAUCAAAACAUGCAAUUGAACCCCUUUGUUGCC